AUGAACAGGAAAAGCCCUACCGAGGCACCAUUCAGCAUGUGGGAGUAUCCCAAGGAACCAUGGUCUAGAAUACACUUAGACUUCAUGGGACCUUACAUGGACAAGAUGUUUCUGAUUAUUGUAGAUGCUCAUUCCAAAUGGAUUGAAGCUAUAAUCUUAAAUUCCAUAACAGCUGAAAUUACUAUUGAAGCACUAAGAAGGGUAUUUGCCACCCACGGUAUUUCCAAAGUUUUAGUGAGUAAUAAUGGGUCAACCUUUACUAGCGAACUGUUUAAAGAAUUCGCAAUGCGUAACAGGAUUAAGCAUAUGUUCAGCGCCCCGUUCAAGCCAUCAUCUAAUGGCUUGGCAGAGAGAGCCGUCCAGACGGUUAAACAGGGUCUCGCCAAAAUUGCUGAGGGUUCUCUACAAACUAAACUAUCACGAUUCUUAUUUAAGUAUAGAAUCACCCCUCAUUCUACUACUGGCGUUCCACCAUGUAAGGCACUUAUGGGUAGAAUGUUACACUCGCCAUUGAGCAUGGUGCACCCUAGCAUAAAUGACAGAUUAGUGCAAAGGCAGGAAUGCCAAAGGCAACACCAUGACCGCCAUUCACCGAUAAGGGAAUUUGAAAUUAAUGACAAUGUCUUUGUUAGAAAUUAUGCCAGAGGGGACCAGUGGCUUUAUGAGGUAGUUCGUCAGAAGCUGGGUAGCAAAAUGUAUGAUGUGGAGUUGGUAGAUGGAAGAAUUGUGCGACGUCAUGUAGACCAAAUGAGGCGUCGUUUGUCAGGGGGGAAAGAUCCUAAUGAUGAAAAGGGUAAUGUAAUUGUAGAAAGUAUAAUUGUUGAAAACGUUAAUGAAAGUGGAGUCAAUGACAAUGUCAGAGCUAAUGAGAAAAAGAUUGCUACUGCAGAAGUUGAUGAUUAUGGAAAUGUUGAUAGUGAAGAUGUUGUAAUCAAUGUUGGUAAUCAGAGUAAUGAGUCGGGUAAAUUUAUGAAUCAAAAUAGUAGUGGUAAUCCUAAAGAGUUGCGUCGAUCUAAUCGUGCAAGGAAGGCUCGUGAGAGAUUUGGAUUCUCAUAG